AUGAACGGUACUCUGCCAGAGAAAAACUACUACACCGAUUCUUACGAUGCCAAAUGGAGCUGGCCAUCUCACAAGUUUCAACUGAAGCCCGACGCAUUGUUCACGACUUUGCACGAAAGGUUCAACACGCGAAACUGCCCUAUCCAAGACCCCUACGCCUUUCUACUCGAUGUGCGCUUGUGCGCGAACGAAUCGAACAAUGUAGAUGAUUUCUACGCCAGGCUCGCAGCGCAGAAAGCCAAGCGAGUGCUUGAGCUGGAAGAAAUCUGGGACAACGUGACGGACUUGAUGGCAUUCGACGAGAAGGGCCUUCCUUCGGAUCGGAUAUGGACGUGCAAGCAGUGCAAUAACUCGGGCAUCAGUGAUGUCAUUACCCCAUGCGAGCCCAUGUCGACCAACGAUACGCCCGAACUCCAUUCCAAGUCUUUUUUCAACAUGAUCCAGACAAUGUCGUUCGACAGUAUGGUUAGGUUUUUCGACGGGUUUGUGCGAGAAGCACGCAAGGAGCGCGACGAGUACUACCGCGAGAAAAGAGCCAGAAUGCAGCGGGGUCGGGAGGAGGGCGCCCGGCGACGCGCUGCAAAACAGAACCAAGAACUCCAAGACCAAAAGCGCGCUGGCGAGGGCAGCACCGCCGCGGCCGGGCCACAAGACAAAGCUGCUGGCCCCGAAUUGGACGUUUCGAUACCGGCCGGCGCUACUGUCCCUAGUCCAUCAGUUCCCACCCGAAAUGUCGCCAAUGAUCCGCCGCCAUUAUCACAGCCGCCGAGCACACCAUCAUCCGAUCCCGAAACCUCAUUCGAUCAGUCCCCAUACACCCCCGCGACGACUCCCUCGCCCCGCAGAGCACAGUCCGACUCGAGGACUGGUAAACGCAACAUAUGCACCGCCUCCAACUCCACUACCGCAAAGACGGCGAACUCACCCCAUACCACCACUAAACACACAAAAAGAGGUCGCGCUGCCUCAGAACAAUCCUGUGAGGAUGAGAUCAUUGCAACAGGUGAAGCUUCACUACGACAGCCGCGAAAAAAGAGACGCCGCGUCUCGCUACAAACCGAGAGCGAUAUCCCGGCGGGGAACGCUCAGAUACAAACCAGCGCUGCGGGUACCUCAGAGGCUACCUGUGGAGUCCUGCGCGAGGCCGAUUUGUUUGCGGCAGCAACGAUGGACGCCUCACGGAAGCUACAUGGGCUCAUGGGCGAUGAUGGCUCCUCCAAUCUGGACAAGACGAAUGCAUCGCCAGGGACGGAGACAAGCACAGAGUUGCGGCAUUUCGAAAGAAGCCCCAUCUCGGACAUUGUACAACAGCCACUGCCACUAGGUCUUCAGGAUCAAACGCAGCCUCUGUCCCCUUCGCUGGAAAAUGACGAGUGGCCGUAUGUGCCCAUCGUGGAGUCACAGUGGCCAUUCGACUGA